AUGUUUUUAUUAUUGAUCAUAACCUUGACAGUGACAUGCGCUCGAGCUCAACAAAAUGCUUGUUCAUGUUCUUGUUGUCUUGGACAAUCUUGUUCACCUAUUUUACUUAGUAAUACUUCGAUGCAAUUCUGCACUACGCAAGCAUGCAGGACGUCCUGUCGUUCGUUACAUCCACAAUGUCAAGCCGAAUAUCCAUAUGGUCAGAUGAUAGCGCUCUGCACAUGGUCUGUUUCUACUUUAUUCAAUUGUGCAUGCCACUGCUGUAGAGAUGGCACCCUAGCAUGUACCCCAACACUCGUUGGUGAUGCAACAGCUUAUCAAUGCCAUGAGAGUUCAUGUAGUAUUGCUUGCUAUGACCAAUAUCCAGCUAAAUGUGCCGGUGAUCAUACUGGACAAACAAUUGGCACUUGCACUGGUCCAAUAACCACUACCACAUCAACUACAUCGACGACGUCUAUCUCUACAGCUUCUGGGACGUCUGUCGGCAACAGAUGUUCAUGUGGAUGUUGUCAAUCUGGUCCAGGCUGUAUGCCGAAUAUUUACGUAGGCGAUGCUACAGUAUCACCAUGUACGACAGGUGCAUGUACAGAAGCUUGUAAAACUACUUAUCCAUCGUCGUGCCCAUCUCAAAUAGAAUACGGUCGAGUGAAUGGUACGUGCACCAAUCAAAAUACAGGAAACAAAGGACAUUCUAAAAAGUUCGAAUCUGAUUUUCUCUUAUGGUUCAUAGUAUUUCUAUUAACAGAUGCACACCUUCUGGCUUUGUAG